UGCCCGUCUGGAGCCCGGCCUCGGGGCGCGCCCCGGCCACGGCCGCCGCCCGCACCUCCUCCUCCUCCUCCUCCUCCUCCUUCUCCUUCUCCUCCUCUUCUUCCUCCUCCUCCUCCUCCUCCUCCAGCCCCGCUGCAGCAGCAGCCGCCAACAUGGCUGCGCUCUUGAGCCCGGGAGGCGGCCGCCGCUGAGCCCUGCGCCCCUCUUCGCGGCCCCCGGCUCCAGUCCAUGGCCCCCCGGGAGCUCGGGCUCCCGCCACACUAGGGCUGCAGCUAAGUCGCCCGCCCGCCAGUCUGCCCGCUCGCCCGCCAGCCUGGGGGGCGCCCCGAGCAGCAGCAGCAGCAGCAGCGGCAGCCUCAGCAGCAGCAGCAGCAACAGCAACAGCAGCCGCCGCUGCCGCCAAGCGGUCCUGUGCCCAGCCCCGGGCAAGAGGGGUUUUUUGCCGACUCUGGGCGCAUCAGCCCCCGGAUUAGGGGAGCGCUUGAAGCCCCUCUCCUAUAACGCUUUCCUGGCCGAAGGACGCCUCUGGGGGGGGGGACGCGUGGGGAAGCCCACGGGUGAAGCUCCUUGGAGCCAUGGAGCCAAAACACCGGGAGCUGCUUGCUCAUUGUCAGCAGAGCCUGGCUCAGGCCAUGACUGAAGUGGAAGCCGUCCUGGGCUUGCUGGAGGCGGCCGGAGCCCUGAGUGCCGGGGACCGCAGGCAGCUGGAAGAGGACACGGCUGCCGCUGGAGGGGCUGGGGGCCCCGGGGCCAAGGCGGAGCUGCUGCUCAAGCUGCUCCUCUCUAAGGAGCGAGACCACUUCCAGGACCUUCGGGUGGCCCUGGAGAAGACCCAGCCUCACCUGCUCCCCAUCCUUUACCUGAACGGAGUGGCAGGGGCCCCUCAGCCCUCGGAGAGUGCAGGUGAGGAAACUGAGCCCCAGGGAGAUAUAGAGCCUUAUGGAAGAUCCAAGGGAUCCACUUACAGUGUCUUGUCCAUCAUGCCCUCGGACUCAGAAAGCAGCAGUUCCCUCAGCAGUGUGGGCACAACUGGAAAGGCAUCCUCUCCUCCACCCCCCAGCACAGACAGCAGGCAGGCCAAUGAGAAAGUGGAGACUCUUCUGAUUCAGUUGAGGUUGAUCACCCGAGAGAGGGAUGAGCUGAGGAAGCGUCUGGCCCUGUCAUCUCCUGGUUCGACUUUCGACGACUGCAGGCCAUACCACAAGCUGAACCCUGACUAUGAGAGGCUCAAGAUUCAGUGCAUGAGGGCCAUGUCAGAUCUGCAGUCCCUCCAGAACCAGCAUACCAAGACCCUGAAGAGAUGUGAGGAGGUCGCCAAAGAGGCUGACUUUUACCACACUCUUCACAACCGACUCCUGAGCGACCAGGCACAGCUGAAAGAGGACGUGGACACACUGAGGCGGGAGAAUGGACAGCUGCUCCGUGAGCGGAACCACCUGCAGCAGUCGUGUGAAGACAUGAAGCGGCUUCGAGAGGAGGACCAGAAGGAAAUCACUGAUCUCCGGGCCCAGCAGCAGCAGGUUUUGAAGGAGAAUGGGUCAUCGGAGAUCCUUAACACACUGUAUGACACCGCCAUGGGGAAGCUGGAAGGGCUGAAGAAGGACUAUGAUGGAUUGAGAAAGCGGUACAACGAGAAGGUUGCAAACCACAACACGGACCUGAGUCGGCUGGAGCAGAUGGAAGAGGAGAACAGGCGCCUGCAGAAACAGACAGACACGCUGGUGAAACAGAGGGACACGUCAAUCCACUUCCAGCAACAGUACUCCUUAUCCCUAAGGCGGUUUGAGUCAAUGCAGCAGGACCUCAGCAAGGCAACGGUCCAGAACAAGGAGCUCCAGCGGGAAAUGGAGCGCCUCCAGUCGGAGGUGACACGGUUGAGGGCCAUGCAGCUGAAGGCCCUGAAGGAUGCGGAGAAGUACAAGGAGGAGCGGGACUCCGUCUUUAAUGAGUAUCAGCUCAUCAUGAGUGAGCGGGACCAGGUCAUCAAGGAGCUGGACAAACUUCAGACAGAGCUGGAGCUGGCAGAAUCCAAACUGAAGAACACCACCUCAGAGAAGCGGGUGGCCAGUGAAGAGGUGGAGGCUCUGAGACAGGAGCUGAACUCAGCUCUGGUGGAAAGAGAUCGGGCAGUCUGUGAGAGGAAUGAGUUACUGGAAAAAUACUGCUACGAGGUGAAGGACAAGGCGGAAGCUCAAAAAGAGCUUGACCAAGCUUGCAAAGAUAUAGAGGCAGUGAAGGAAGAAAGAGAUGUGGCCAGGAAGGAGAGGACAGAAGCUAUCAUCCAGAGAGACCAUCUACUCAGGGAAUAUUACCAAGCUCGCCAGAUACAGGAUUCAGCAACCCUGGACAUUGAGAGAGCCAACAAAGAGAUCGAAAUGCUCCGGAAGCAGUACGAGGCCAUGUCCCAGGAGCUCAAAGAAGCCAUCCAAGAGGCAGAAGUGGCAAAAUGUAGGCGAGAUUGGGCCUUCCAGGAGCGAGACAAGAUUGUGGCAGAGAGGGAGAGUAUACGGACCUUGUGUGACAAUCUACGGCGUGAGAGGGACCGGGCAGUGAGUGACCUGGCUGAAGCCUUGCGCAACCUGGAUGAUAUGAGGAAACAGAAGAAUGAUGCUGGCAGAGAGCUUAAGGAGCUGAAGGAAAAGAUGGAGAACCAGCUGGAAAAGGAAGCGCGUUUCCGGCAGCUGAUGGCGCAUAGUUCCCAUGAUUCGGCCAUCGACACGGAUUCUAUGGAGUGGGAAACAGAAAUAGUGGAGUUUGAAAAGGACAGAGAGGAUAUGGAUUUGAAGGCGCUGGGAUUUGAUGUGGCAGAAGGUGUGAAUGAGCCCUACCUCCCUGGGGAUUGUGGCAUCUUUGUCACUAAAGUAGACAAGGGAAGCAUUGCGGAUGGUCGAUUAAGAGUGAAUGAUUGGCUGCUCAGAAUCAAUGAUGUGGACCUUACCAACAAGGACAAGAAGCAGGUGGUCAAGGCUGUUCUCAGUGGUGGAGGGGUCAUUAACAUGGUGGUCCGGAGAAGGAAGUCCCUGGGAGGGAAGGUGAUAACACCACUCCACAUUAACCUGGCUGGACACAAAGAGAGUGGCAUCAGCCUGGAGCAUGGCGUGUUUGCUGCUGCUGUUGUUCCAGGAAGCCCUGCUGCUAAAGAAGGAUCCCUUACAGUGGGAGACAGGAUCAUUGCUAUUAAUGGCAUUGCACUAGAUAACAAAUCUCUGACUGAAUGUGAAUCCCUACUCCGGAACUGCCGGGAUUCCUUGACCCUCUCACUAAUGAAGGUGUUCCCUCAGAGCUCUUCAUGGAGUGGUCAGAAUAUUUUUGAGAAUCUCAAGGACUCGGAGAGAGUGUUGAACUGUAGGUUCCACGGGUCCGAGGUCCAGGUUCAGAAUAAACGGAACCUGACGCAGCACAAUAGCUCCACGCAGACGGACAUUUUCCAUUUGGAGGGCCUGGAGGACAAGAAGGACCCGAGUACCCCGGGGAGCAGUGGGGGCUCCUUCUGUGAACACAAGCCCUUCCCCCGAGGGCCCUUGCAGGUGGUUGAUUCUCAUCGGAGCUGUCACAGUGCCUCAGAACACAGCCUCAGCUCCUUUAGCUCGGACCCCUAUGGGGAGCGUGGGUAUGGACUGGUGAAUUUGGGCAGUCGGAGGAUGCUGCCUCCCUUUGACACUGUCACUGGGGACUGUGUCCUGGUAGGAUCCACAUUGGAAGAGGCAGGGUCAGGGAUGAAACACAGUGGUGGGACCUGGCCCAAGGUUAUGGUCAAUGCCUCUUCAGCAGAGACAGAGAAAUUCUCUGUCUACAAGAAACCAAAGCAGAGGAAGUCAAUUUUUGACCCAGACACCUUCAAGCGCCCCCAGACACCUCCCAAAGUAGAUUACCUCUCCCCAGGCCCUGCCCCUGCUCACUCUCCUCAGUCCUCUAAGGCAGAAGGGCCCCCAACUCCUCCCACCCCUCCCAAGAGGAGUGACUCCAUUAAGUUCAAACAUAGACCACAGGAUAGCUCUGGUUCAGAGACCACACUGGUCCCCAGCUCUCCUUCCACCAGCCCACCAGCUAUCCAUCCCUCUGCCCCAGCCCCUCUGGGGCUCAAACAAAACUCCCCACCCCACAAGGGCAGGGGUCGGAUUUCUGGGCACUACUACCGGGAAGAGGAAGGGGACUGUGCACUCUUGCCUGGGAGGAAAGCUUGUGAAGAAGAUGGAAGUUUCCAGAGAGGGGAUGAUUCAGAUCUGAAGCGACCCCGGCCCAAAUCGGCGCCGAUUCUUCGGCAUAAACUCACCCCAGUAACCAUUCCUAACCAGUCACUUCAGGCACAGAAAUACACUCCAGCCCCUGAUGAACACUUCACUCCAGAGGUCCAGGAAUGGAUCCCUUACUCUCCGAAGCGGUCCUCCAGGCACAGUGAUGGCUUUGUCCCUAUCUACUCUGGUGGAGUAUCUGCAGGUACUGUUCCAAGGAAUUUAGCCCCCUGCCCUGCAGUGACUGCCAUCAUGAGGAACCCUAUCUACACGGCUUGGAGCCAUAGAGUUCACCCCAACAGCUGCCAGUCUGCUGCCAGUCAGAUGCACCAUCAGCACUUGCAUCCCAGCGCACAACACCAGGGCCGCCUGAGCCUGGACCUAAGUCAUAAGCACUCCAGCGACUACGCAGAGACCUCGAGGACAAGAACCUCUCAUGGGUCCAACUCAUUACCAUCUAGUGCCCGACUUGGAUCUUCAAGUAACUUGCAGUUUCGGACGGAACGCAUCAAAAUCCCAUUAACACCAAGAUACCCUCGAUCUGUGAUGGGCUCUGACCGAGGUUCAUUGUCCCACUCUGAAUGUAGCAGCCCUAGCCUGAUCACUCCUCCCCAGUCGCCCCUGAACCUAGAGACCUCAUCUUUUGCCAGUAGCCAGUCCCAGAGCUCACUCUCCACGCUGCCCAGGAUUGCUAUCAGCCCAGCAUCGAUAGGGGAGCGAAGGAAGGACAGGCCUUACAUGGAGGAACCUCGCCAUGUCAAAGUGCAAAAGGGUUCAGAGCCACUGGGAAUUUCCAUUGUGAGUGGUGAAAAUGGUGGAAUCUUCGUUUCGAAAGUAACUGGAGGAAGCAUUGCUCACCAAGCUGGCCUAGAGUAUGGUGAUCAGUUAUUGGAGUUCAAUGGCAUUAACUUGAGAAAUGCGACAGAGCAACAGGCGAGGCUGAUCAUCGGUCAGCAGUGUGACACCAUUACUAUCCUGGCCCAGUAUAACCCACACAUGUAUCAGCUUGGCAAUCACUCCCGGUCCAGUUCUCGACUGGACCCUGUGAGCACUCAUUCCAAUCCCCAGGGCAGUGGGUCUGCCACUCCAGACAGCCAUUCCAUCAUUGACACAGUGAGUGAGCAGGAUGAGGGGACCAUAACGCCAACAUCCAAGCAGACCACACCUACCACCAGCCCUCGGAAUUCCAUCAGGAUCUUGGCAGAUGCCAACAAGAGAACUCCAGAACCUCGAGUUGUCAUCAUCAAAAAGUCCCAGGUGGAACUCGGUGUGCAGAUAUGUGGCGGGAACCUGCAUGGGGUAUUUGUGGCAGACGUGGAAGAUGGCAGUCCUGCCAGUGGUCCCGAGGGGCUGGUGCCAGGGGACCUUAUACUUGAGUACGGUUCUGUGGACAUGAGGAAUAAAACAGCUGAGGAAGCCUACCUGGAGAUGCUGAAACCUGGUGAAAAUAUUCGUGUGAAGGUGCAGUACCGCCUGGAGGAUUUCAACAAGGUCAAGGACAUUCCAGGAGAUGGCUUCUACAUUAGGGCGCUGUAUGACCGACUGGCAGAAGUAGAUCAGGAGCUGGGCUUCAAGAAGGACGACAUCCUCUAUAUUGACGACACCCUCCCCCAGGGCACCUUUGGCUGUUGGAUGGCCUGGCAACUAGAUGAGAAUGCCCAGAAACUGGAAAGAGGCCAGAUCCCCAGCAAAUACAUGAUGGACCAGGAAGUCUCCAGGAGGCACAGCAUGUCUGAGGUCAAAGAUGAAAACAACUCCUCAAAGACGUUGUCAGCCGCGGCACGGAGGUCCUUCUUUCGAAGAAAACAGAAGCAUAAACGGAAUGGCUCUAAGGAUAGCAAAGACUUGCUGGCUCUGGACACCAUCAGCACAGACUCCAUUCCCUUCCUGGAGGAUUCAGUCAGCCUGGCUUAUCAGCGGGUGCAGAAGGUGGACUGCACUUCUCCAAGGCCUGUAUUGAUUCUGGGACCUUUACUUGAUGCUGUGAAGGACAUGUUGGUGAAGGAGGCUCCUGGAAAGUUUUGCAGAUGUCCUCUGGAGGUGAUGAAGGCCUCCCAACAGGCCAUUGAGCGAGGGGUCAAGGACUGCCUGUUCAUUGACUAUAAAAGGAGAAGUGGCCAUUUCGAUGUGACCACUGUAGCAUCAAUAAAGGAGAUAACAGAGAAGGACUGCCACUGUCUCCUGGACAUUGGUCCACACGCCAUCGAACGGCUCCAUAGCAUCCACAUCUACCCCAUUGUCAUCUUCAUCCGCUACAAGAAUGCUAAACAGAUCAAAGAACAGAGAGACCCCAUCUUCCUGAGGGACAAAGUCACACAGAGAUAUUCCAAAGAACAAUUUGAGACAGCUCAGAAGAUAGAACAGGAAUACAGCAAGUAUUUCACAGGUAUCGUCCAGGGCGGAGCCCUUGCUAACAUUUGCACUCAGAUCUUGACGACUGUCGAUGAAGAACAAAAUAAAGUCCUGUGGAUUCCAGCUUGCCCACUGUAGACAGACAUUUUGCUGUGAAAUGCAGAACAUAUUCUUCCGAUGUAAAUAGACAGCCAGACUUUAAAUAUUAUAUAUAUUCAGACAGUUCUUCAUGAAGGGGAUUGAGACACUAACACAGAUAACCAAAAGCACCUGCUUAAAGUGACUGAAUAAGACCGAACGAAGCCUUGGCCAUCGGAAUUCAUUUCUCUCUCACUUGUGCAUUUAUUUUCCUAGAGAGAGAGAGAAAGAGAGAGAGAGACUGACUGACUGACUUCUAAUAUGGUGGGGGUACAAGGUAGACCACCCUUUUUUUUUUUUUAGCCAGCAGAUUAUCAGUGCUGCAGAAAGAACCUUCUAGAUUCACAAGUUUACAAACCUUUUCUAAGUAUUGGGCUGUUUAUGUUUACUUGAAUGUCCUUGUGGCCUGUUGCCGUCUUGGUCCCUUUCUCCCACCGUCCUCAUCUCUUACUCUCGUGUUUUUCUUGUUCAGUCUGUCCUUUUUGUGCCUGUUCUCAGUGAAGCCACACUUUGGAAUAGAAGGGAGAGGGCACUGUGAGUUAGGGGGGCGAGGGGAGUGGACUGUGUGUUUGUACUGGGGUCAGUGAGGGUCGGUCCAGGGAAGGGGGGAUUUGGUGGGCUUUGGAAACCUUUGGAAAUUCUCCUGGGAUCUCUGGAAUCAUCUCUUAGAUAAAUUUGCAAGGUGAUCCUUUUGCCCACUUUUGGGUGGCAGAAUCAAAGGCCUCUCUCCUGUACUUCGGAGUUAUUUUAAAUUCCUCUGGUUAAAAUUGCUUCUCUCCACCCUUCUCUCCCCAUCUCUACUUGGGUAGAUUUAUAUUUAAAGACCAGAAGAUGAUCUGAUCAUUCUGAACUCAAUUUGUUAAGUAAUAAUAUAAUCAGUUUGGUUUGGGGGACUGGUAGUGGUGGGAGGAGGGGGAAAGCAAGGCAGUAAACUCGGUCCAAUGCAUGCUGUUCUGUCAUUGUUAAAAGUCUGUAAAUAUCAAUAGCUUUUACUGGUGCAAUUUUGUAGGAUAAUUCUUUUGCUUUGUUCUUUAGCGUAUGUAGCAGUCACAUAAUCUUGUUUUGUUUAAAUUUGAUAUGAAAAUGGUCACAGUUUUGGGCUUUGGAUCAAAAGCUUUUGAUAGUAGUGUUCACACUAUCUGGAAUCAGUCAGUAAAAACCAAGGGGUUUUUUCUGUUGUUUGUAACAUUCAGUCGCGCUGUGUACCCCGCUCUGUGAUAAAGCAGCACUUUGGAUUUGCUUGUGCACUUCGAAAGCUUGGGUGGGCCCUGGAAGAAGAUUGCCUCUCCCUUCUCCAUCAACUAUUUGUUCUCUUUGUAGGUACUGUACUCUCUUCGGUUUAUCCCAGUUUCAUUUGAGGAGGCUUUAUGGACUGUUCCUAACAUUUCAUUUUUCUAGCAAGAAGUCUUAAAAAAUUUUUUUUAGUUCUAGACUACAGGUUGUAGUUUUGUGUUUUAUUUGGUUUUUUAAAAAAAAAAUAAAAAAGGGAUUUUUUUUUCUUGCACACUUCCUCAAAAGAAAGAACUAUAUCAGUCCUGAAUUUUGUUCCUUGUUUUACAGGUACACAUUUUCUAGCUCAAACUCCUUAAAAAAAAACAAAGAUAUAAAAAUAUUAAAAAAAAUAAAAUAAAAAAACAAACCACAACUGUAGAUUAUGUACUGGUGUAUUACCUAAACGAGAUAGCUUUCCUAGUGAGGGGUAGCAGGGUUUUUGUUUGUUUUUUUGGUGUUUGUUUUUUCUUCCCCUGAGUUGAGGAUAGAGUUGGACUUUGGUACGAUUAAAACAGACAGGUACUGUUCUGACCAGGAUUUUCUGUACUAAACAAAUGUCACUUUGUAUAAAAAAAACCAAAAAAGUUAAAGAAGCUGAUUAGUAUGAUGAAUAAAGGUCAAUUUCUGUA